ACAGUAACUACAUUCCACAUCCCUAGGGCAUGUUAUCUGUCAGUAGUGAUGGAUAUGGCUUGACACUUAAGUUUACGCUGAGAUAGAAAUGCUCCGUCAGAAUGUACUGUUCAGAGGCAUGCACUUUGUCAAUGAGUUAUUGGGAUCAGUGCAAUUAUAGGCUGUUAAGUGUAGUUGGAAAUGACUAGAUGAUAAUUGGGUGGGAGGAAUAAAAAAGGAAUGGAUUCUCUGGUCAUUGAAUGAUUUGUUUUUAUUUAAUCUUAGUAUGGAGUUGUACUGGAUGCAGGCUCAACACAUACCAGUAUGUUUGUUUAUAAGUGGACAGUCAGCGAUGUUGUAAAGGGCACUGCACUUGUAAAACAAAUCGGAGACUGUACAGUCAAAGAUAAAGAUGGUAUGGUGAAAGGAAUUUCAAGCUAUGUAGCUGAUCCCGAGCAGGCUGGACAGUCACUGCAAAGUUGUAUAAAAAGCAAAGCCAAGAAGCUUAUUCCGUCAUACCUACAGGACAAGUCUCCAAUUUACCUUGGUGCUACUGCAGGGAUGAGGCUGCUUAAGGAGACAAAUGCUACAGCAGCAGAUCGUAUCCUAGCCUCUGUGCGGCAAACGCUGGCAAGCUCACCUUUCAUGUUUAAAGACGAAUUUGCUCGUAUAAUAAGUGGUGAAGAAGAAGGUCUCUCAUCUUGGGUAACAGUAAACUACUUAAAUGGUGCUUUAAAGGAUUUACAGGAAACAAGUCAAGUAGAUGGUGUCCUGGUCAGUCAAAAACUGGUUGGUGCUCUGGACAUGGGAGGUGCAUCUACACAAAUAACAUUUGUUCCAUCUAAACCUCCUCCACAUUCCAGUAAAUUGAAGUUGUAUGGAAAUGAAUAUCAGCUGUACACACACAGCUACUUGUGUUAUGGCAAGAAAGAAGCAGAGAGAAGAUACUUAGCUCAACUUGUUAAGGAUUCUAAUUUUUCAGCAACAGUCGACAAUCCAUGCGGACCCAAGGGCCACCAAAGAAACGUAACCUCCAGCUACCUCUGGGCUCCUCCGUGCGUUACAGGGCAACAUUCAAGGAGCACUUCCUUUACACUGAAGGGAACUGGAAACUACACUCUUUGUGCCAAGCAAGUCGAUAAACUUUUCAACUUCUCAUCAUGCCGAGGCAAUAGCAAUUGUUCGUUUGAUGAUGUUUAUCAACCACCCAUUCAGGACGGAAUUACAUUUUUUGCAUUCUCUGGCUACUAUGUUGUUAUCCGAGAUCUCAAUCUCACUAGCGAUGUGUCGCUUGAUGAGCUGGAAUAUGCAACAAAGAAUAUCUGUAGGAAAUCUUGGGAUGAAAUAAAAGUCAUUCCUUCAAAUCCCUUGUAUCUUGCAUUUUACUGUUUUGAUGCGCAAUAUAUCCUGACAAUUCUUGCACGUGGCUACCACUUCGAGAAGUCGAAGCCAAUCUUGAGAUUUGUUGGUUCGGUUAACCAACGUUCUCUUGGCUGGACUCUGGGUUUUAUGAUCAACGCCACAAAUCUCUUGCCAGUGGAAAAUCCAGGCACCAUCUCAAUUCACCUGAUCCAGAGUGGUGUCUACUUGGUCGUGGUUAUCGUAGGUGCUUUACUGAUCAGUACUGGGAUACUGAUAUGUGCGCUGUCCGCCGGGAGAAUGUAUAAACAAAAACGUUUACGAACGCAAGGACUGGUGCUAUAAACAGGAUCAGUGGUUUCCAGGCCCUUCAAACUGAGAUGGAGGCUUCUCUAUUAAUUUCUAUGACGUGGAUGGUCGAGGCAGAGUCAUGUGACCAAUGAUUGGAACUGGAUUACGCUACAUAUGUAUCUGGUGUAAGACUAGAUUCACAAGAAGAAAUGAAAAUAUCACAA